UUUUUUUUUUCUCUUACUUAUGAAGUCCAGUCCUGUUCUUGUAAAUAAUUCUACAAAAAAGAUAAGGACAUAAAGAGAUACGUGGAUAUUUUUAAUCAAGAGUAAACUCUAUCUGCUGCUGAAGACUUUGCCAAAACCAACACAGGAUUCCUGUGCAAAGCAGCAACACACCCUGCACAGGGAAUGAGCUGGUCCUCUCUGUGUGAAGGACCACCUGAAGGGGAAACAACUGUAGGUUACGAUGGACACUCUGCCAUCUGGUGUGACUGUGUAUUCAGGUGACCAGGUGGGAGAUGAGGGAGGUCUGUUGAAGGAGGAAGUGAGUGACGACAACAACACAGGCACACGUGUCCAUGAUCUAUUUCAUGAGGAUGCACAGGUUUUCCAGCAGUCGAGCCAGCCGUGGUGGAAGAUCAAGCUGUUUGUGUGGGAGCCGGUGCUGUUCGGCACCUGGGAUGGAGUUUUUACCACCUGCAUGAUCAACAUUUUCGGUGUGGUUUUAUUCCUGCGUACUGGCUACCUCGUGGGAAACACUGGUGUCCCGCUUGGGAUGCUCCUGGUCUCGUCGGUUGUGGUGGUUGCUUUGGUUACGGUGAUGUCGGGGAUCGGCAUGUGUGAGCACUGUGGAGUCGGGAGUGGGGGAAUCUACUCCAUGAUUUCCACUGUCCUGGGUGGCAGGGUUGGGGGUACAGUGGGCCUCCUUUAUGUGUUUGGACAGUGCGUGGCUGGAGCCAUGUACAUUACAGGUUUCUCAGAGUCGGUGGCGGAGCUGCUGGGUCUACAGUCUCAGUGGGCGGUGCGUGGUAUGUCGGCGGCGGUGCUGCUGGCUCUGCUCGGAAUCAACCUGGCCGGUGUGAAGUGGAUUGUCCGACUCCAGCUGAUACUGCUGGCUGUCCUGGCCGUCUCUACGCUGGACUUUGUCAUUGGCACCUUCACACACCUUGACCCAAUGCAUGGGUUCAAUGGUUAUUCAGCUGAGCUGCUCAGCAGCAACACAGACCCAGAUUACACUCCUGGAGAGAACUUCUUCACAGUAUUUGGGUGCUUUUUCCCCGCUGCUACAGGUGUAAUGGCAGGCUUCAAUAUGAGUUCAGAUCUUCAGCGGCCUGAACACAACAUCCCUGUGGGAACACUGGCAGCUGUCUUCACCUCGUGGUUCCUGUAUCUGGUCUUUGCCUUCCUUCUGGGGGCCAUCUGCACCAGAGAGGCUCUGCGCUAUGACUUCUUGAUAGCAGAAAAGGUCUCCUUGGUGGGUUUCCUCUUUCUGCUGGGCCUCUACAUCUCCUCCUUGGCUUCCUGCAUGGGCAGCUUGUAUGGAGCACCCAGGAUCCUCCAGUGCAUUGCUCAAGAGAGGGUCAUCCCUGCUCUGGCCUGGCUGGGAACAGGGAAAGGCCCAAACAGGACCCCAGUGGCUGCGAUCUGCCUGACCAGCCUGGUGACCAUGGCCUUCAUUUUUAUUGGCCAGGUCAAUGUUCUCGCUCCCAUCGUCACCAUCAAUUUCAUGCUCACCUACAGCUUCAUCGACUACUCCUACUUCAGUGUGGCCAUGACUGCGCAGCUGCAGAGGAAAGAGAAGAAGGAUUCCCCCGCUUUGGCCAGAGGAAGCCAGCGCAAGUCCAGCAGUAGAAGCUCCAGGCCGCUUAUUGAAGCCCCUCUACUGAACUAUGGGAGUGGUGGUGGAAGUCCACUGAGCAAAGGAACUUUAUCAGAGUUCACCAAGGACAUGGAUCAGAUCUUUCGACCUGUAUCAAGUGUCGAUGUGGGAACUGUGAAGACCUCCUCCGCGCAAGAGAUAACCAGCAGAAGCAAAAGUAGAAAGGUCACUGCUAAGCAGAAGCUGAUGGACAGCUUUGGUUUGAAUAACCUGAAUAACCUUGUGUUCUCAGAGGAGAAAAGAGAGGAGAUAAGUUCAGCUCCGCCAUAUGAGGAAGCUGAGCCGCAGCCAAGAAGUGUGGAGGUCAGGGACAGAGAGGAGCCAAAAGCCAAAGAGUGUAUUAAAAUAAGUUCUGUGAAGCACGAUUCAUCUGCUCAUCCACACAACCAUAGCACAGGAGCUGGAGGUAAACCAGAGCACCAAAACAUUGACAUCAAACCCAUGCAGGAUUCAUGCUAUGCACAAUUCUUUAAUCACUGGAUCGCACUUAUUGGGACAUUGAGUUCCAUACUGAUCAUGUUUGUGAUCCAGUGGGUUUAUGCCUUAGCAAACAUUGUGGUUGCCGUGCUGCUCUUCUUCUACAUUGGGAAAACAAGUCCUGGACUACCAAUGGGUAUCGCAGCUCGCUUCAGCUUUUUCUCAUGGCUCAAAUCAACAGUAAAGGGCAUUUGCAGGGGUAAAGGACCCCCCCGGGACGAAAUAGUGGUGACACCCUCUCUGUACAAGGUGGGACUGAAAACCAGGCAGCUGACGGAGGAGAACACUGACUUUGCCUCUCGCCACCGCUGUCACCAGUCUUCGUUCAUAAAGAGCAACGAGAUGGUGCAACCACUGUUUCACUGACCAAGUCGAGCACUGUCCGCUUCUGUUUUUGGUCACACAGCCGACAGCCUGAAAACCACAUUUCUGCCUUAAACUGUUCUGCAUGUUGCCCAGUGGGUCACAUUCUGCCCACACGUCCAUUCUAAUAGAGACACUCAGCAGGUCCAGUUGUUUCCAUGUCGUGGUUGGAGGAAAUGUUUUUUUUCACUUUUUCAAGAGUUACAGUGACUGUCUUCACUAUCCCAGGACUGAAUGUAGCUGGAAUAGCAUUUUGGCAAUUCACACGUUGGCAAAAACGUGACAGAAUAGUUUAAUUAAAAGGUCCAUAUUCACUUUUUUUUUGUUCAGAUUAUUAAUUGAAAUUGAAAUUAUUAGGAAUCGCCACGCCGUUAACUGCCAGUUUUGAUAUUGUAAUUCUUGUUAGCUAUACAAUCUGUUAUUGACUGAUAUUUCUUAAAAGUAUUAGCGCAGUAUCAAUUUGCGCUGUGUUAGAGGACAUGGAAGCAGUUCUUUUGGGGAUAUAUCUAUUGCAUUUCUACUGAUAUCUUUCAUUCAUCACCACCACAGUUGGUAGUGCACACACUGAAGCCUGUCAAGCGACCCAUUACAAUUUUUUCUAAAGCUAAAGAUAAUGUUCAUCAGCGAACCAACUCCAGUUUCCUCAAGACAAACUGAAGGCAUAGAUAUUAUGUGGACGUACUCGGUGGAUUGAUCUGCACAUUCUGCAUUCUUGUAAUUUAAUCACACUCUUGGAGGUGUUUGGUUUGUUUCACUCUAAAAAAAGACUCAGCGAAGCUGUGAAAACCACAUCCUCUGAGCUUUAACGUUGUCAGAGUAGCAUCAGGCACAAGUGGCCUACACUUGUGGGACAGGACUGAACAUACUAAACAUGUCAUGUUUCACAUUUAUCA